GCUCGGGCCAUUUAAAUGUGUGUGAGGGAGCCCCUGAAAUGGCCGCGCAGGUCGCCGCGGUGCCGCGGGCCCCGGAGGAGCCGCCCGCCGCCCUCAGCGGACCGGCCCGCCCGGCCCCGCGGGCCCCGCCGCCGGCGAGCGGCACCCGGCGAGCCGCCGGCCGCCAAGCGGGCCCGGCCGAGCCAGCCGCUGCUGGCGGGGCCCGGCCCGGCGGAGCCGCUGCCCCCGCCCGCCCUCCCCGCCGCCGCGGGGCUGUUCACGUUCUCCCCGCUCAGCCUCCCGCCGCCCGGGGAGCGCCGACACCACCACCGGCACCACGCCGAGCCCGCCGGCCACAAGGCGAGGCGCGGCAGCCCCGCGGACGGCGCGGCGGGGCGGCCCAGCCAGCGAGAAACUCCAGAUGAAAAUGGCAAAACCCAGCGAGCCGACAGUCUUAUUGUGAAGAAGAUAAAGAAAAAAAAGAAAAAGAAACACCGGGAAGAUGUGAGGGGAAAACGCCUGAAGAUGUACAACAAAGAGGUGCAGACGGUGUGCGCUGGGCUCACUCGCAUCGACAAGGAGACUCUGUCUCAAGGACAGUGUGACAACCUGGAAAUGAACAAGGAAUCCUUCAGGUACCUGAAGGAUGAGCAGCUGUGCAGACUGAACUUGGGCAUGCAGGAGUACCGGGUACCCCAGGGAGUGCAGACCCCCUUUGUGACACACCAGGAGCACUCUGUCCGCAGCAGCUUCCUGAAGACUGGCACUAAAUUCAGUAACUUCAUUCACGAGGAGCACCAGUCCAAUGGAGGUGCCCUGGUCCUGCAUGCUUACAUGGAUGAACUCUCAUUUUUGUCUCCAGUGGAGAUGGAGAGAUUUGCAGAAGAGUUUCUUGCGUUGUCAUUCAGUGAAAAUGAUAAAAAUGCAGCGUACUAUGCUUUAGCCAUAGUGCACGGAGCAGCUGCCUAUUUACCAGACUUCCUGGAUUACUUUGCUUUUAACUUUCCAAACACUCCAGUGAAAAUGGAAAUUUUGGGCAAGAAGGACAUUGAAACAACAACAAUUUCAAAUUUUCACUCUCAGGUCAAUCGGACGUACUGCUGUGGCACCUACAGAGCAGGGCCCAUGCGCCAGAUCAGCCUGGUGGGAGCAGUGGAUGAAGAAGUGGGGGACUACUUCCCAGAAUUCCUGGAUAUGUUGGAAGAAUCUCCAUUUCUUAGAAUGACUCUGCCCUGGGGGACUCUUUCCAGUCUCAGGCUGCAGUGCAGGUCCCAGAGUGAUGAUGGGCCCAUCAUGUGGGUGAGGCCGGGAGAGCAGAUGAUCCCCACAGCUGAUAUGCCAAAAUCACCCUUCAAACGGCGCCGGUCCAUGAACGAGAUCAAGAACCUGCAGUACCUACCUCGCACCAGCGAGCCCCGCGAGGUCCUGUUCGAGGACAGGACCCGAGCUCACGCUGACCACGUGGGGCAGGGCUUUGACUGGCAGAGCACAGCUGCUGUCGGCGUGCUCAAGGCUGUGCAGUUUGGGGAAUGGAGUGACCAGCCUCGUAUAACCAAAGAUGUGGUUUGUUUUCAUGCUGAAGACUUCACUGAUGUUGUGCAGAGACUUCAGCUGGACUUGCAUGAACCUCCAGUGUCCCAGUGUGUUCAGUGGGUGGACGAAGCCAAACUAAACCAAAUGAGACGGGAAGGCAUUCGCUAUGCUAGGAUUCAGUUGUGUGACAAUGACAUCUACUUCAUCCCUAGAAAUGUCAUUCAUCAGUUCAAAACAGUGUCAGCAGUCUGCAGCUUAGCCUGGCACAUCAGACUCAAACAGUAUCACCCCGUGGGGGAGACUUCUCCAAAAGCUGAGAGCAAUUCAAGCCUGAACAGCGAUGUUCCUGGGAGCGCAGAGGCAGAAGGUGAACCCCGAGGUGUGAGUGUAAAAACAGAGGCUGAAGAACCAGGUACAGAAAUUCAGCUUACCCCAGGGGUGCUCUCCUCCUCUGUUUCUUCAAUAUCAGGACUUGUGCAACCAGAUCAGGUGGCCCAGCCCCUUCCAGGUUUUAAAAUAGAGUCUGAUCAGCAGCGCAAUCCACAGGAUCAUGCAGGCUCUUCUGUGUGAUUAUGUAUAUAUUCAAACAUUUUUUAAACAACUUUUUAAAAUUUUGAUGUGAAGUUAUAGUUUUAUAACUGGCUUAUGUUUUAUUGGAGAAAUCUUGCCUAUAAUUCUAUAAAGAAAGGUGACAUUCCAAAAUGUCAAGCAUAUCUUUUUUACACAGAUUAUGCAAAAUUCAAGUUGUAUUUUAACCCCUUAGUACAACCUGUAACAGUGGUCUACCACUUCUUUCUGUUUAAGUAAAGAGAUGUUGAAUAUCUUCUCAAAGUCAGAUUGGAAUUCCUCCAGGAAUAUGAAAUGAUUGAACUCCAUUGGUCAGUGUUAUUUCCCUACUUUUACUUUAUCUCUAAUCUUCACCAGAAAGUGAUGCUUUUGUAGAAGACUUGCAAAGUGAUUUCCCCAUCUCAUUUUAAUUGCUUAAAAAAGAAAAAAAAAAAAAGGAAAAAAAACCAAAAAAAAAGAAAGAAAAAAAAUAGAGAAAGCACAGCACUUUUGAUGAUUUGUGGAAUUUUUGGUAUGUCUGUUCUUGACACGUUGGUUUAUAUACAAGCUGUAGAAAUUGAUGUUUCUUACAGUUCCUACAAGGGUGGCCUGUAAAAAGAACUGAAGCAAGUGUCUGAUUCCUGUUGAAAUGCAAUGACUUACUGACCUAACACUUCUCAUAGCACUGCUUAUGUUGUUUGGUGUGGGGGUUUUUGCUUCCAAAAUCCAUCUUCCCUGAAUGUGAUAAAUGCUAGUGUCAAAAUUAGAGAACCUCUUGGUAGUCUUGUGGAGGAAACUGCUAUCUUUGAGCACUUUAAGGCUUUAAAAUACUUAACCAACCUGGCAGCUUGUUUUGAUCGGGUCGUAACGUGUCCAAUGGAUCCACACUUUCCCCUGUACUGAUGCACUUAAUAUAACAAGCGUUGAGCUGAUACCCGACUCCUAGAAUAAGGACAGCCUUACCGUGUAAGUUCUGUAUUAGUAUUUCACAAUAAAAAGUACUUUGGCGUUGGA